GUUACUUUUGACAGGAGUAGAUUUCGGUCUAAUCAAAUAAUAUAUGUAAUGUUGAGUUGAGUUUUGUUCCGUAGUUUACCGAUUAUAAAUAUCAAUUUUAUGAAUCUGUUGGUAACACAGGCGACUUUGAACCGUUUCUUCACAUUGUAAUUUUUUUGCUAUUGUGUAUCAUAUUUAUUAGAUAUACCAAAUUUUCAACGAAGUAAGGAUGGUGCUAGAGAGCAAACCCAAGCCUCCUACUGUUGACUUUCGCAUAAAUGAAACAACCACUAUGGAAGCUGGAAUGCCUGCAGACUACUCCUUCAAGAAACUUACUGAACCAAAAGCCAUGGGCGUCGAAGCGGCCCGCUCGAUAAGGACGGGCAGCGUACCAGAGAGAGGUGUGGCCAAGAAGAAGCUCCUCACCAGGUCCAUCUGGCUGAACAACAACAAGCUGAAAAGCAUAAAGAACCUGGAGCAGAUCGUGGAUUCCAUCCUUGAAGUACCGUCUCAGCUCAGUUGGAUCGAUUUCUCUUUCAACUACAUUAAGGACAUAGACGAUUGCAUCUUAAACUACCCCCAUUUGAAGAUUCUCUAUUUUCAUGGCAACUGUAUCUCUAAGUUGACUGAGCUGAUGAAGCUACGGAAGCUGAAGAACCUGAAGACGGUGACGUUUCACGGCAACCCGAUCUCGAACAUACCGAUGUAUAGAGUGUCCAUUAUGCACAUAUUGCCCCAGAUCUUGAACUUGGACUUCUUCCCGAUCAUCAAGAAUGAGAAAUUGACGCCACCCCCCACCGAAACCCUAAAAAUCAUUCGUGAUUAUGAAGCCAAAGAAAAAGCAGCUGCCAAAUGAAUUUUUUUUUAAUUUCAUUUUUCAAAAUGAAUAAACUGAUAUUCCACU